UUAAUUCGGAAGCCGAUUAAGGGACUAAAUUAAUCGUUUGAGGAGCUCGUUGGAAUUCAGGAACAGAGGCAUUGGUCCCCCCCCCCCGGGGGGAGGGGGGCAUCGGAAAACGACAUCGUGUUCUUGGCGUCGUUGCGAAAUGCGGGCGCCCUUUCGAAAAUUCGCAUCCGCGAAUUCGAAAAAUAUAUUGUCUAUCGCGAAAUCAUGCCACGCACACGUCGGUGUUCGAUCAAGCUGCUAUGGUUACAGUGUAUGUCAACCUGUAUAAAAUCGAUGUUUCCCGUGGCACGUUCUAAAGGACAUGAUGCAUCGAAAGUCUGUAGGACAAUCGGUGUCUAUGCGCAACAGCGGACCAUCGGGCGAUGCCGUGCGACAGCGAGCCCGUAGCACGCGGCCAUGUAACGAUGAGACGUUUCGUUUUAGGAGAACGGUUGAAUUAUUAAUCGAAGACAUUGGCAGGUCAAGGUAGCGAAGCUUAGCGACUCGCUGACAGGCGUAAUAACGUUUCACGUCGACAAGAUAUCAUCAGCAUGUCAGUUCACGAUCGUCCCUUGCCCGGUGACUUUGGGACCCGGCGGACUUCUCUUUUCAACUCUCGUCGACGAACAAAAUAAAUAAAUAAACGGAAACUGGAUUUAUCUGGUUUUUUCCUACGAUACCUAUAUACGCAUUUUACAACAAAUUUCUUUCGAUUCCGCAUUCCUCGUCGACGCGUCACCGCGAAAGGAGGCCCCAAGUUUUACGACCGUCCAAUAAAACCGUACAUUCGUUUCUUUUUCCUCCCCGAACGUUCGCGCCAAGGAUUCAAGCUGGAGGAACUAGACAAUAUUCGGAUCGCGAAGAUGCGGGAGUGUAUAUCCAUCCAUAUCGGGCAGGCGGGGGUGCAAAUGGGCAACGCUUGUUGGGAACUGUAUUGUUUGGAGCACGGAAUUCAGCCGGAUGGACAAAUGCCCAGCGACAGCACCGUGGGCUACGGGGAGGACUCUUUCAAUACCUUUUUCUCUGAAACCGGCACCGGCAAGCACGUACCGAGGGCGGUUUUCGUCGAUCUCGAGCCGACAGUCGUAGACGAGGUGCGAACCGGCACGUACAGGCAAUUGUUCCAUCCGGAGCAGUUGAUCACCGGAAAGGAGGACGCCGCGAACAAUUACGCGCGAGGGCACUACACGAUAGGAAAGGAGAUCGUGGACAUCACGUUGGACCGGAUCCGCAGGCUGACGGAUCGAUGCAGGGGCCUACAAGGAUUUCUAAUCUUCCAUUCGUUUGGGGGCGGCACCGGUUCUGGAUUUUCCAGCUUAUUGAUGGAAAGACUGUCCGCGGAGUAUCCGAAGAAAAGCAAGCUGACCUUCAGCAUCUAUCCAGCGCCGCAGGUAUCGACCGCCGUCGUGGAACCGUACAAUGCGAUUCUUUACACACAUCCGACUCUAGAGCAUUGCGAGGUGGCCUUCAUAGUCGACAAUCAAGCGAUCUACGAGCUGUGCAGACGAAAUCUGAACAUCGACAGGCCGACCUACACGAAUCUAAACCGUUUGAUCGGCCAGAUAGUGUCGUCCAUCACGGCGAGCCUGCGAUUCGACGGAGCCCUGAACGUGGAUCUCACGGAAUUUCAAACGAACCUGGUGCCCUACCCGCGAAUCCAUUUCCCUCUCGCGACGUACGCGCCUGUCAUAUCCGCCGAGAAAGCCGGCCACGAGAGGAUCACGGUGGCGGAGAUCACGAACUCCUGUUUCGAACCUAAUCACCAGAUGGUGAACUGCGACCCCCGAAGGGGAAAGUACAUGGCUGUCUGCAUGCUCUACAGGGGAGACGUGGUCCCCAAGGAUGUGAACGCGGCGAUCGCUAUGAUCAAGAGGCAGAAGCACGUCCAGUUCGUCGAAUGGUGUCCCACCGGUUUCAAGGUGGGAAUUAAUUAUCAACCGCCCACCAUCGUGCCAGGGGGAGAUCUUGCUAAGGUAGAAAGAGCAGUGUGCUGCCUUUGCAACACCACAGCCAUAGUAGACGCCUGGGCCAGGAUCGACCAUAAAUUCGAUCUCAUGUACGCGAAAAGGGCGUUCGUUCAUUGGUUCGUCGGCGAAGGUAUGGAAGAGGGAGAGUUCGCAGAAGCCAGGGAGGAUUUGGCAGCUUUGGAAUUAGAUUAUCGCGAAGUGCAGGAAGACGCUGCCAACACCGAAGACGAAGAGGAAUAUUAAAAAGUCACCGUCGGCUGAUUUCUAGCUAUCAGAAAACAUAUGUUGUUCGCACCAUAUGAUGAAACAACAUCGGUGACACGAAACUGCCUAUUUUACAGUGAAGCCGCCUAUAUCUGUACUCCAUUUUCACCUCUCAGCAUUUACAGCAUAAUUAAACGAUCAUUACUAUGGUGUUGGUGUUUAUAUACAAUAGUUACGAUGUAAUAAUUUUAAGUGAUAUGAAAUAAAAGUGUUUAAUGAACAA